CAACAGAACCCUACGGCAGCUACUCCCCUAGCUUCCAACCCAAGCGCCCCGUCUUCAGUCCCCCCACGACGCCCCCCUGAACCCGCAGCAAUCGCCAAGAUUUCCUCCGGCUCCAACCGAAUCGGUCGAAACCGCGGCACGAGCCCUCAAAGCUCGCGUCUUUGGGUAUCAAUCUCACCUGAAUCUUGAGCGAUUUUGCCCUAGUCUGGUCACAAUGGGCCGCAAGAAGAACGGAGGUUCCGGCGCCGGUUUCCUGAAGCCGCUCGGCGGGGUCUCCCCAGCCCGUAUGUCCGGAGCCGGCGCCGUUUUCUUCCUCGUCGGCUCCGCGCUCGGCUUCGUGGCGGUGCUCCACGCAUCCGAGUCGGAGGAGGCCGGCGGCGAGUGGGCUUCAGCGGCGCGGUGGGCUGCUCGGUCGGCUGCUCGGUGGGCUACUGAGCUGGCCGGCUCGGUCGGAGCCCACCACCUGCUCGUCGCAGUCUCGCUUCUUUUCUUGGCCGCUAGUGUCUGGCGCCUAGGCAAGCGCUGCGCCGCCGUGGAGGGGCUCGUCGGCAGCACGGACUCUGCGGUGCAGGCAUUGCGCGUGGGGGGUAUCGUGUGCGCCGUGUGCGGGUCGAAGAUUCAGGCCCUGAAGAGAGGCCGCCGUAGCGCCGAGCGCACCCGCUCCGACGCCUCCAGCGGCUGCCCUGACAAGCCGGUCUCGAGGUCGCUGGCUGCUGAAUUCGAGCAGGAGGCUGACAAGGACGAAGAGGAUAAUGCAGGCGAGACCAGCGAUUCAGAAGAAGGCAAUGUGCAGUAUCUGAGGAGGAGGCUCAAGGAGGAGAGGCUGCUGAAGGAGGUUGCACUCGAAGAACUGGAGAAGGAGAGGCUGGCAGCUGCAUCUGCUGCUGAUGAGGCCAUGGCCAAGAUUGCCUGCCUGCGCAGCGAGAAGGCUUUGGUGGAGAGGGAGGCGAGACAAUUGCAGGAGAUGGCGCAGCAGAAGCAGAUGUAUGACCGGCAGGUGAUCGAGUCGCUCCAAUGGGUGAUCAUGAAAUCUGGAAUGCAAGGCUGGGAGCCUGAAGCCGCAUCCGAUCCUGCUGUGUCGGAAACAAGCGAGGAUGACAGAGAUAGGAAGUAGCUAGUUCUGUGGGUUCUUAGUCGUUGGAUGUAAGAGUGAGGAAGGCCCUGUGCUGGGGAAGUCAUUGCCUGCUUGAGUUCUUUGUCCUCUGAUCAGUUUUCAGCAGCCAAACAUGGCAUAAUGCCUAAGUUUUGAUAAUUCACAGAGGAUGCUCUAGUAUGCCAAACUCUCCAGGAGAAAUCUGUAACAUCGACCUGUAUAUAUACCAUCUUUAUAUGCUGUUUAACUACUUACUAUGGUAAAAAAACCAGUACUAGAUCGUUCUA